UCGAACACGGAUGCGUUUUUUAAUAACUGGCCAGAGAGCUUUAUUUCGGAAAGGUCUGGUCGAUGUUUUUAAAUGGUUCUGCAUUCAGGACGUGAUUCGCUUGAUGACAACAUGCGAUUAUUGGCAUUUUCGUUCACUUCAACGGCAAAUUUUACACAAUGGCAAGCUAAGUGCCAGCUUUCUUUGCUCAAACAGGGUUCAUCGUGGUAACGUGGGGCAUAAUUCUACUUGCUGUUAACACUUACGAGGUGAUGUUGCAUCUCCCGAAUUGUAUGGCUUUAUUCAUGACUCUUAAAAAUUAGAUUAAAACGCACAUAGAAGUUUUUACUUUUCGGUCGAACUCUUGCUCAUCCAGAUGCUGAUAUGCAAGCAGGGUGUCUUACUUCGUCCUCGGUUGUGCAAAUGUAUUUUAGUUAAGUGACCACCAGCGUAUACGAAUUAUUUGACAGUAGAUCCCUGGGGUACUGGUAUUGCUUAUCAAAUCUACUAGCUGCUGACAAGGAAGUGGGUAUUCCAAAAGCCAAGGAAACUCGGUGCGAAAGCAUCAGAUUUCACAAACGUAUGUGCAUGCAUAGAUAGUGUGGAGUUCCACGAUACACCAGUUCUCCGUUGAGCCGCGCAACACAUACCGUUCUGUUCCACCUGCGAAGCCGCGGGUGAGGCGCGAGACGAGGCUCACCCACGGGGAGAGCUUCAACGUGGCAGUUGCAUGGAUAGGUUGCAAUGGAUUUCUGCAUGCAGGUGGGCUUGACCAACACGUGUUGACCUAGUUUCCUAGCAACAACCGACACCGUGAGGACGGGGUAGCCGCCUGAUUGGUAGAAAAAGCCGCUGCUGUGGGGGAGGGUCCACAGCUUUGGAUUUUUUUUUCUUUUGGUUUUUUUUUUUUUUUCCUUUGAGGCGGGGGGAAAAAAGAGCGCUCUUAAAUCCACCCAGAGCAUGGGGCAGAAGGUUCCAGGAGGAAUCAAGACAGUUGACAUGCGGGACCCGGCGUUUCGGCCGCUGAAGCUGGAGCUGCAGGCCCUGGCCUACACCAAGCCGGCCCGACUGGACAUGCUGCUGGACAUGCCUCCGGCCAGCCAGGACGUCCAGGUCCAACACUCCUGGAACAACGACGACCGCUCCCUCAACAUUUUCGUCAAGGAGGACAACAAGCUGAUAUUUCACCGGCAUCCGGUGGCGCAGAGCACGGAUGGCAUCCGGGGCAGGGUGGGCUACACACGGGGACUUCACGUCUGGGAGAUCAGCUGGGCCAUGCGCCAGCGGGGCACCCACGCGGUGGUGGGCGUGGCCACGGGCGAUGCCCCCUUGCACUCCGUAGGGUACACGGCGCUAGUAGGCAACAACGGCGAGUCCUGGGGCUGGGACCUGGGCAGGAAUAAACUGUACCACGACGGCAAGAACCAGCCCAGUAAAACCUAUCCCGCUUUCUUGGAACCAGACGAGACCUUUAUCGUACCCGACUCCUUUCUAGUAGUUUUGGACAUGGACGAGGGGACGCUAAGUUUCAUUGUGGACGGACAGUAUUUGGGAGUCGCAUUCAAAGGACUUAAGGGCAAAAAACUGUACCCUGUAGUGAGCGCUGUUUGGGGUCACUGUGAAAUCAGAAUCCGGUACAUUAACGGACUCGACCCGGAGCCCCUGCCUCUGAUGGACCUGUGCCGCCGCUCGGUCCGAAUGGCGCUGGGGAGGGACCGGCUCAGCGAGAUCCACGGACUGCCCCUGCCCGCCUCCCUUAAGAACUACCUGCUCUACCAAUGAUGACUGGGGGGGCGUGUGCCCCUGCUUUCUGCUCCCCCCCGCAGAACGGGCCGACGGCAUGGCGCUCUUCCUCCCGAACUGUUCGAGCCGUCUCCACAGUGACACCUUUUAUCGGAUCCGGUUUGUUUCAGUCGUCCCCCCCACCCCCCUUCGCCACCGCACCACCACUCCACUGACUUGGGCUGUUUUUACUGCUCGGAGGACACUUGUAAUCCCUGUAUGAAAUGCUUACAGUUGUGACCUCUCUUAAGAUCUGCUAGAUUUAUCAAUUUUUUUUUUUUUUAUUUUAAUGAAUUUUAUUUUUUUUCUUGUCCUGGCUUGCUUUAAACAUGUACUGGAAGUAUUUAUAGAGGUGCACCGAACGUUUUCUGUGUUGAUGAGGACCCUGAAGACCGAGCAGGCCGUCCAUGUGAUUCUGUCUGUGUGUUGACUUUUUAAUGGGUUUCGUUGAACCCGAUAGAGGGCUAUGAAAUGGCCUCUUUUAAAUGAAUGCAUGAUCAUCUCCUUCUCCCACUUUUUAAAGAGAAACUCCUUUUGACAAGACACAUCUAAUUUAUGGAUUUUAUGACAAUGACUUUUCUUCUGAUGGCUGACCAAUAACUGGCAUUUUUUUUUUGAUAGAGGACUUUGGUGCUGUCAGUCAACUUAAUUAAGACUCAAGACCAACUGGCACUUGACCUAAAAUACUCCUCCUUUCGUUGAUGCUGAUAUUCGGAAACGUAUCAUGUAAAAAGUCACCUGUAUUACCAAAUGGCGUUGUCAAUCAGAAUGAACCUUUUAAAAAUCACCUGUGGGUUUCGCCAUGGUUCUUGUUUGUCAUCUUGUCAGAUUAAAAAAAAAAAAAAA